AUGGAAAAGAAGAAAUUCAGCAAAUUGGAAAUUAUAUUCAUCGUCCUCUUCUGUUUGGUGGUGGCCGUGGCCUGUGUCCUCAUCGGGAUUUUAGCAACGAGGGAAACCGUAUCCAAAAGCAGCGAAUUUUCCCCAAACUGCCCGAACGUGCAAACGGCCGAGCGGAUCGACUGCAUCCCGGACCAAGUCGCCACCAAGAGCCUCUGCGUCCUGCGCGGCUGCUGCUGGAGCCCCCGGAGCGACGCCAGCGGGCCCUGGUGCUUUUUUUCUUCCGACCACGGGUACAGAGUGGAUGGGGGGCUGCGGACGACUCAGGAGGGGUGCCACGUUUUCCCGCCACAAUUCCGAGGAGCCAGGCUGGGGCGUCCGGCCCGCCAUGGGAGGACGUGCAGAAAGACUGGAGAUGAGGUGCCGAAGACGGGCUGGGCAACGCCUACCGACAACGGCGGUGCGGAAUUCCUCCUCCCGCCUCUUUCCCAUGGGAAAAAUACCCUCAGACCAAGCAAUAACGGACAAUACCCUCGUAUCUACCCAAAUAAAACGCCGGGGGAGAUCACCGAUCCUGAAAAGCAAAGGUUUGAAGUCCCCCAUGAGCACGUGGGACCUUUCAGCGGUCCGGCAGCCUCCAACUUAAAAUAUAAAGUUGAUGUCCAGCAAAAUCCCUUUGGCAUCGUGGUGACGAGAGCAAGCACUGGAAAAGUUCUGUUCAAUACCACCAUCGGCCCGCUGCUCUACGCCGAGCAGUUUCUACAGCUCUCCAUCAAACUCCCCAGCAGCAACAUCUACGGGGUGGGCGAGCACGUGCAUAAGCAAUACCGACACGACGUCAACUGGAAAACCUGGCCCAUAUUCAGCAGGGACGUGGCCCCUUCUGGAAACAUGGAUAACUUAUACGGCGUUCAGACUUUCUUCUUGUGCUUGGAAGACAACACUGGAGCCUCUCUUGGUGUUUUCUUGAUGAACAGCAACGCCAUGGAGUUCGCCCUGCAGCCGGCGCCGGCUGUUACGUACAGAACAAUCGGGGGAAUUCUGGAUUUUUACGUCUUCUUGGGAGACACCCCUGAGGAAGUGGUGCAGGAGUAUGUGAAGUUCAUAGGGUUGCCGGCGUUGCCCUCCUACUGGAGCCUGGGAUUUCACCUCAGCCGCUAUGAUUACGGCUCUCUCAAAGCGGUGAAGGCUGUUGUGGAGCGAAACAGAGCAAUCGGACUCCCUUACGAUGUUCAGUACACGGAUAUCGACUACAUGGAAGCGAGGAAAGAUUUUACUUACGACAAAGUGAACUUUAAAGACCUCCCCAGUUUUCAAAGUUACUUGCAUGACUAUGGGCAAAAAUACAUUAUCAUACUGGAUCCUGCCAUUAGCACAGAGGCUCUCGCUGAUGGUUCUCCCUACCAAGCCUACGAGAGGGGACAGAGCAAGAAAAUUUGGGUUAAUGAGUCGGAUGGAGUAACGCCGUUAGUUGGCGAGGUGUGGCCAGGAAGAACCGUCUUCCCAGACUUUACCAACCCCGACUGCACCAGCUGGUGGGUGGAGGAAUGCAAAAUAUUUUAUAAGCAGGUGCCUUAUGACGGGAUCUGGAUUGAUAUGAAUGAAGUAGCCAACUUUGUUCAAGGCUCAAGUAACGGCUGUGAGCAAAACGACUUAAACUAUCCUCCUUUCACGCCCCAUAUUGUUGAUAGACUCAUGUAUUCCAAGACGCUCUGUAUGGAUGCAGUGCAGAAGUGGGGGCGACAAUAUGACGUUCACAACCUUUUUGGAUACUCUAUGACCCUCUCCACACAACAAGCCAUUGAAGCUUUGUUUCCUGGAAAACGAAGCUUCCUUCUUUCGAGGUCGACUUUUGCGGGAUCGGGAAAGUACGCCGGACACUGGCUGGGAGAUAACGCGGCCACGUGGGACCACAUAAAGUGGGCGAUACCUGGAAUGCUGGAAUUUGGCCUUUUUGGAAUCCCUUAUAUCGGAGCAGAUAUUUGUGGUUUCUUCGAAAACGUCACGGAAGAACUUUGCAGACGAUGGAUGCAAGUGGGAGCGUUUUACCCGUUUUCCAGGAAUCACAAUAGUGAAAAAUACAUACCCCAGGAUCCUGCUGCCUUUGGAAACGAUUCACUUUUGGUGAACUCCUCAAAGCACUACUUGAAUAUCCGCUAUACGUUGCUGCCCUACCUCUAUACGCUCUUUUACAAAGCUCAUACCCGAGGGGACACGGUGGCACGGCCGGUUCUCCACGAGUUUUAUUCUGAUGAAGCAACGUGGGGUGUGGAUAAGCAGUUCUUGUGGGGUCCUGGGCUCCUCAUUACCCCUGUGCUUGAGCCGGGGGUGGAGACCAUCCCAGCAUAUAUCCCUGACGCAGUCUGGUACGAUUACGAUUCGGGUGCAAACAUCAGGUUGAGAAAGCAGUGGGUGGAUAUGUACCUUCCUGCAGACAAAAUGGGGCUUCACUUGAGAGGAGGCUACAUCUUCCCUUUCCAACGGCCGGGCACCACAACGGUGGCAAGCCGUAAGAAUCCUAUGGGGCUUAUAAUUGCACUGGAUGACAAUAACGAGGCGGCUGGGGAGUUAUUCUGGGAUGACGGAGAAUCCACAGGUACCAUUAACAGCAAAACCUACAUUUCCUAUGACUUUAAAGUUUCCAAUAACGUUCUACAAAUGAAUGUCACAAACAAUAACUACGCCGAUCCAAACAACCUGAUGUUUGAAGAAAUCAAAAUCUUGGGAUUGCUCCAGGAACCGGUGUCAGUUACGGUGUUGCAGAACAAUAACGUGCAAAAUUCUUCUCAUAAUAUCACCUAUAAUCCUGUAGAUAAGGUUGCUCUCAUACAAGGACUCCAGCUCGAACUGGGAAAAUCGUACUCAUUAAGAUGGACGCAAGGAACCAGUUUCAACGAAAAAUACGAUUGUUAUCCCGGGCUGAACGCUAGCAAGGAAAAAUGUGAACAGCUCGGCUGCGUCUGGACCGAAGAUACCUCCAACCCAGGGGUUCCGUACUGCCACUACAACAGCUCUGACAACGGUUAUUCGGUUGUCGACGUGAAAUACACGUCGUCAGGCGUGACGGCCAAUCUCACCUUCGACAAGAGCAAUCUCAAAGCCGCCGAGAAAUCAAUGUUACCCAUCAGUACCCUUCGCCUGGAGGUGAAAUAUCACACCAACCAUAUGCUGCAGUUCAAGAUUUAUGAUUAUGCAAAUGAACGAUAUGAGGUGCCGGUACCGCUGAAUCUCCCCACGUCCCCAGAGAGCACAGUCGAGAAUCAACUUUAUGACGUAACGGUUCAGAUCAAACCGUUUGGCAUCCAGGUUCGACGCAGAAGCACAGGGACAGUGAUCUGGGAUUCUCAGCUACCGACUUUCACCUUCAGCGACAUGUUCAUUCAGAUUUCCACCCGUUUAGCAUCCCAAUAUUUGUAUGGGUUUGGCGAAACCGAACACAGAACGUUUCGGCACGACAUGAACUGGAACACCUGGGGAAUGUUCGCCAGGGACCAGCCUCCUGGAUACAAGUUGAAUUCGUAUGGUUUCCAGCCGUUCUACAUGGGUCUUGAAGAAGACGGCAACGCCCAUGGAGUUUUCUUGCUUAACAGCAAUGCAAUGGAUGUGACCUUCCAGCCCACGCCUGCUCUGACGUAUCGCACAACUGGGGGAAUUCUGGACUUUUACAUGGUUUUGGGGCCGACGCCAGAGCUCGUCGUUCAGGAAUACACUGCGCUGAUAGGGCGACCAGUCAUGCCACCCUACUGGGCCCUGGGAUUCCAGUUAUGCCGCUACGGUUAUGAAAAUGACACCGAAAUCGCCAACUUGGUGGAAGACAUGAAAGCAGCCGAGAUACCCUAUGAUGUCCAGUACGCAGAUAUUGAUUAUAUGGAACGGCAACUGGACUUCACCCUUAACCCCCGCUUCGCUGGAUUACCGGCUCUAGUUACGAAAAUACGAGAAGAAGGCAUGAGGUUUAUCCUGAUCCUGGAUCCAGCCAUAUCUGGUAAUGAAACCAAUUACCCCGCCUUCACAAGAGGUUUGGAGCAGGAUGUCUUCAUAAAAUGGCCCAAUACCGAUGACAUCAUCUAUGCAAAGGUCUGGCCGGAUCUUCCCAACGUAGAAGUUAAUGACACGCUGGAUUGGGAUACCCAAGUGGAGCUCUACCGAGCGUGUGUAGCUUUUCCGGAUUUCUUCCGCAAUUCCACAACUGAAUGGUGGACAAGAGAAAUCGCUGAAGUCUACACCAAUCCGUACAACGCAUCGAAAAGCUUGAAGUUUGACGGCCUAUGGAUUGACAUGAACGAACCUUCAAGCUUCGUUAACGGUGCCGUUGGUGGCUGUAGAAAUCAAGAGCUAAAUUUUCCACCAUAUAUGCCCCACUUAGGAUCUAGAUCCGAGGGACUGAGCUUCAAAACGCUCUGCAUGGAAGGUCAGCAAUAUCUCCCAGAUGGUUCCCCAGUCAGUCACUACAACGUCCACAACCUUUAUGGAUGGUCACAAACAAAACCUACCCUCGAUGCCUUGCGGAAUAUCACAAAGGAGCGAGGAAUCGUCGUCACCCGUUCAACCUACCCCACCAGCGGAAGGUGGUCGGGACAUUGGCUGGGAGACAACACAGCAGCCUGGAAUCAGCUCGAUAAAUCCAUUAUCGGUAUGAUGGAGUUUAGUCUCUUUGGAAUAUCUUACACAGGAGCAGAUAUCUGCGGCUUCUUUGGAGACUCGGAGUAUGAGCUGUGUGUUCGAUGGAUGGAACUGGGUGCCUUUUACCCAUAUUCAAGGAAUCACAAUGGAAAAGGAGCCAAGAGGCAAGAUCCUGUUGCCUGGAAUUCAACAUUUGAAGACAUUUCCAGGAAAGUGCUAAACAUAAGAUAUACCCUCUUACCCUAUUUGUACACAUUAAUGUACGAAGCCAACGCUCACGGCAGCACCGUCAUCCGCCCUCUGCUCCACGAGUAA